AUGAUGAAGGCCGUCGAGGUCCUCGGCACCAAGGCCAACCCCGAAGUCACACUCAACCCCGCCGUCCCCAAACCAUCGCCCAAAAAUGGCGAGAUCCUCAUCAAAGUCCACGCCGCGGGAUUGACGGGCGACGAGAUCACCUGGUGGGAACUAUGGGAACAUCCAAUCCGCAUCCCGGGACACGACAUUUCUGGCGAAGUUGCUGCUCUAGGCCCGGAGUACAAGGGAGACCUCAAGAUCGGAGACGAGGUCUUCUCCAUGAUUCACGGCUGGAGGGGCUUGGGCCAGGCGGAGUAUGCAAUCGUGGGGAGCGCAGAGGUGGCGCGGAAGCCGCAGAGCUUGAGCCACGCGCAGGCUUCUGCGCUGCCGAUCCCGCUGUUGACUGCUUGGGAGGCUGUUUUUGAGCGCGCCCGGGUGCAGAGCGGGUGGAGGGUGCUUGUUACGGGGGCGUCGGGGGCGGUGGGCGUUGUUGUUGUGCAGAUGGUAGCUCGGCUGGCUGGCGCUGAAGUUGUCGCUCUUGCGAGCUCGCAGCAUCAUGAGUUUCUUAGGGCUCUGGGAGCGAGUCGGGUCGUGGACUAUAACACGCCGCAGUGGGAGGAUACUAUUAGCGAUGUUGAUGUCGUUAUUGACACUGUUGGGAAUCCUGUCUUGGAGAAGACGUGGAAGACGGUGAAGAGCAAUGGGCACAUCAUUACGGUUGGGCAACCACCGGCGGCGUGGGAAUAUGGAAAGGGCAGGCCGGAAGAGCUGGAUGAUUUUCCGAAUGUGAAGUGGCUCUUCUUUGUUGUCACGCCGAAGGCUGAGACGCUGCAGAGGGUGGCGCGGUUGGUUGAUGAGGGAACGAUUCAGCCCAUUGCAGUCGAGGUGUUUCCUCUGGAGAAGGUGGUUCAGGCACACAAGUAUGCUUCCAUACGGAAUAGGAGGGGGAAGGUUGUUAUUGAGUUUGUGCCUGAGAAGAGAUGA